GCCGCGGCCUGCGAUCUUCCAAGGGACGAGAGAGGGAGACAUUUUAUAAGAACCGCAUCCACGCUCCUCUCUCCUCUCCUCUCCACUCCGACAUCGAUAUCAACAUCGACAUCGACAUCAUCCCGUCACCACCAUCUGCGGCCCCGCCAUUCCUCUCCUUUCUGCUGCACCUCAGUUCUGGAUGCCGGACAACGCAGAGAGGCUUCACGAGCGACGGUGUGCAGCCUCGCUAUGGGCCUAGAACGACCAUCUGCCUUUCUCGAUUCUCCUCUACACAAACCCAACUCGCCUUCUUCCUUGACCAUCACACACACAAACCAUUACAACAUGGCCAGUAUGGAAGAAACGGUCAACGAGGCGCCGCCCUUGGUCUCGCGCUCGCGAUCCUCCUCUUCGUCCUCUUUUGACUUCGACGAGUCCUUCUUCUACCAGAACUAUGUCCCUCUUUCGAAUCUGCCCACGCCGCCAUUGGGUCAUUCCAAUGCCAGCACAAGACAGCAGUCUCCCGAGUCUUUCUUCCCAGGAGAGGAUCUAUCCCCUGCCUUCCUCGGCCCAGCAGUGCACCUCACGAACCUCAUCCCUUCCUCGACCUCCCUCACCACGCCCUCCAUCCCUCUCGUCCAGGCAAUCCUGACCCGGGCCAACCCACCCGUCGAGACCAUCGCCCUCGCAGCCUGCAUCCUCGACUCGCUGAACUCCCGCUUCGCCUUGACCUGGCGCCAGAACUGCCCCCUGAACACCCCCGCCCCUCCCUCGCCCUUCCACCCGGGCUCCCGGACCCAAGAGCAGCACAUCGACUGCAUCCACCCCGAGCUGCUCAUCCUCUGCGCCCUCAUCGUCGCCGUGAAAUUCCUCGACGACUCCCACUGGACCACCUCCGACCACGCCGCCGACUGGGGCCACGGCCUCUGGAGCUGCGAGCAGAUCAACUUCACCCAGCGCUGCCUCCUCGAGAACAUCUCCUACCGCCUGCUCCCCCUCUGCGAGGAGUCCAUCAUCGCCGACGCCGUGCUCGACAUGGAGCGCGCCGCCCGCCGCUCCGACCCCGCCAUCUACGACUCGGCGCGCAUCUGGCGCGGCGAGGAGCCGUUCGCCGGCUCGCACACUGGCCGCGCAGUCCUCGGCGUCGGCGACCAGCUGACCCCGGCCGAGACCCCAAUCUCCCCCGACAUGCCCGAUCCCAAGGCCAUCCUCAGCCUCGAGACAAAACGCGCCUUCUCGGCGCCGGGGACAGAACCUUUCCCUGCGUAUGUGGAGCCGGCGGGUGCCGUGAUGGAGUUUUGAGACUGCGUGCGUGAUCUUGUGUUGUGUUGUGUUGUGUGUUGCAUAGCGAAUGGAGUUUUAUACCCCUUGGUGGCUGGCUUUGUCUGGUGGAGCUCGGAUUUUGGCUGGCGUUCUAGGGAUGGGGCAUAUUCUGAGGCCGGGGACGCAUACGGUAUCGAAAAGUAGCCGCUUCUUAAUCUAAUCUUAUGAAAAGACAAGAAAAGAAAAAUAGAGGCAGGCGAGUAAUAGAUAAAAGAGAUAACACUAAUAAAGUAAUACAAUACCUGCAAUAAUCCAU